AUGGCAAAUAUUGAACAACAAAUGCAAGACAUUAACUCGGACAUCAGUGAAAUUAAACAACUGUUGGGUCAAGCUACUCGUUCGCGAGUUAAACAAUGUCUGGAAAUUCAACAACGUCGUUUUGAAACAGAAUUGAUUGCAUUGAAAGAAAAACAAGAACAAGCUUCUGCACCAUCAACAGAAAAGAAACCAGCAACAACUACAUUAUCCUCAUCGACAGCUCGAUCAUAUACAAAAGAAAUCACACUUUAUGCCUGGGACCAAUCGGAUAAAUCUGUUAAGAUUUAUGUUCAAAAUCUGGAUGGAGUUGGAGAUUUACCAGCUGAGCAAGUUCGCUGCUCAUUCGAAGAACGAGGUUUUCAAUUAGAAAUCAAUGGCUUGAAAAACAUCAAUUACGUUUUCAAACGAGGUCGUUUAUUAAAUGCUAUCAAACCUGAUCAAUCAUCCUACAAGGUGAAAAAAGACAUGAUCGUUUUGCUUUUAGCCAAAGCAGAAUCAAAAACUUGGGAAUGCAUCUUUCAAGACGAGAAAAAAGCACCCGAAAAAUCAUUGCCAAAAAUGGAUGAUACCAAAGAUCCCGGAGAUUCAUUAAUGCAAUUGAUGAAGAAUAUGUAUGAAACAGGUGAUGAUGAAAUGAAACGUACCAUUGCCAAAGCAUGGACCGAAUCGCGUGAGAAAAUGAAUACUGGUGGUGGUGGUGGUGGUGAUGAUUCUGGAAUGCCAGGCUUCUAA